CCAAUUUCAUAGAGAGAGAGAGAGCGAGCGAGCGAGCUUGAGCCUCUGGUUUUGGAAUUGCUUUGAUUAGGGUUUUGUUUCUGCAAAUUCUCUCGAAGUUUCUGCGGAUUCCGGUGACGGAGAUGGAGAGGAUGGCGGCGGCGGCGUACGCGACGACGUCGUUGGGGUUUGUGAGGUGGGACGAGGUCUUUGUUUCGAGCGAUAAGGGGAGGAGAGAGGUCCAUUAUUACCUGAAGAGGAGAGACGGAAGCUCAGAUCUGGCCGUGGUUGGCAAAGAGAGGAGCUUGAGGCACAUGUCUUAUCACUACGCCUUUCGCCAUCGCUCGCCGGCGCUUCAAUCGCUUGCCAAGCUCAAGUCUCGCCGAGAGGUCAUUGAUUGGCUCAAUUCCGUUGUUUCAGAUGGAUCAAAGGAAAAAUCAUCUCCUCUAAAUGUGGGCAUUUCAGAAGGUGAAGAUGCAUGCGAGAUGGACAUUGACUCCUUUAAGGAUUUGCAAUCACGGAAGUUGGGCCGUUUCACUAAAGACUUUCAGUGGUUGGGUUCGCCAUGGUCAUGCAGGAAAAAGCGCAGACACUACCAGUCUUUCCAGCGUAAUGGUGUUAAAAUAUAUGUUCAUGACUUUGUAUAUGUUCUAGCGGAGGAGGAUAAACGCCUUGUUGCGUAUUUGGAAGAUAUGUACGAGGACUCGAAGGGCAACAAGAUGGUCGUGGUACGUUGGUAUCACAAAAUUGAUGAGGUUGGUAUUGUUUUGCCUCACAAUUUUAAUGACAGGGAGAUUUUCUUUUCUCUUUGUCUUCAAGAUCUCAGCAUUGAGUGCAUAGACGGAUUGGCUACUGUCCUUAGUCGCCAGCAUUUUGAGAAAUUUCAAAAGGAGGCUAGACACACUCACUUGGAACCAUUUUUUUGCCACAAGCAGUUUGAAAAUGAUGAUGUCAAGCCUUUUGAUGUUACUCAAGUUAAAGGUUAUUGGAAACAGGACAUACUCAGAUACAUGUACACACUUUCUCCUUUAAAGGACAGUGAGAAUUCCGAACAAUCUAUUGAUGACCUGAUGGUUGAAGGUAACACCAAUGCAAUUGGUAUCAGGCCUAGAAAGAGGCAAUGCACUGAGAAGAGAGAAGUGGUUAGUGCAUGUGGCAAUGCACGUAAUUUAAGUAUCGGUAGAUUUGAUUUUAAGAGUGGAAAUGAAACCUGCAGUCUGAGAGGAGCUUCAGAUUCCACUCUGCCUAACAAAAUAGCUCGGGAAAACUUGCCACAAUACUUUGAAGUAGGUUCCCCUGUUGAGGUUCUCUCACAAGACAGUGGCAUCAGAGGAUGCUGGUUCAGAGCUUCAAUUAUCAAGAAGUACAAAGACAAGGUGAAGGUGCGAUAUGAAGACAUCCAAGAUGCUGCCGAUGAGGCUAAGAAACUUGAGGAAUGGAUUUUAUCUUCUAAGGUUGCUUCUCCUGAUCUAUUGGACCUCCGUAUUUUUGGAAGAACAGUUGUUCGGCCAUCACCACAGUCUAAUAAUAAAACCCGGGUUUCGUGGGCUAUUGUCGUUGGAACUGUUGUUGAUGUGUGGCGGCAUGAUGGGUGGUGGGAAGGCAUUGUAGUUCAGAAGGAAUCAGAUGAUAGAAUUCAUGUUUUUUUCCCAGGUGAAAAGCAAGACUCUGUCUUCUGUCGCGGCGAAUUGAGACAUUCACAAGAGUGGGUGGACCGUGGGUGGACACAAAUCAAGGAAAGGCUAGAUCUUGUGCCUGCAGUCUUAUCUGCCUUGGAAACAAAUGAAGUCUCCGGGAAAUCUUGUCAUGGCAAUUCGGCAGAAGUUACAAACUGUGCAGGGAAACCAUUGAGAAAGGAUGAAAGUGGAUCAAAGGAUUCUAGUGAGAACUCUGAUAGUGACAAGGAUGGAAAGGUUAAAGAUCUUUUAAAGGAUAAUUUGCUUUCCCAAUUGAAGUGGAAGUCGUCAAAGAAAAGAAGACGAGGAAGUGGCGGCUCUGUCCCCAAGGUGCAUCACAUUGAUGCUGUCAUGCAUGGUGGUGCCCCUAAUGGAAUUGUCUCAGCUUCUCGUCCUCGUGAAAGAUUUGUGAUUUCCACGUCGCUAAAAGUUGAUUGCGAGAACUGCAAAUACAUCGGUGAUCCUCUCUUUAGCUCUUCUGUUGUGCCUCCUUUAACAAGUUUGGUUAUGUCUAGGUGACUGACUGAUUGUCAGUCCCAGGAUGUGUUGUAGCUUUUGACUUCAUCCCCUUUGUUCUUUCCCCUUAAAUUUACACGUCGUUAACUUGCAUCUCUUCAAUGCAACGCCUGCUAGUCCUUGCAACUCACUCACAAAAAAUGUUUAUUUUCCAAGAGUUGCAGCCGAGUCUCCAUUUAUUUGUAUGUAUUUGUUUGACAGCCUAAAGUGGGCAAUAGGGCCUUAAAAUCUUUAGCCGAAAUUUUGGGUGCAGUAGAAUAGUCCCCCUUUUUAGAGUUUUUUUACCCUUUUUGUUCCCUUAUUUUGUACCAGCAUUUACAUUAGGUAAAAAAAGAUUUAACUUUUGCUCAUGUGAUUUGUACAUUGUAAUUUGUAUCCCCAGUAAUAAAAAAAGUUUACCACGUCAGUUUUGCAUCC